GUACCGGAAGUUGCCGUCGCUGGAGUUGCACCGCAGGUUGGUUGCUCCGCUGACUGCACAGCUCCUGACCGGAGUUACUCACCAUGCUCAGCUACCACAGCACAGAGGAUGAAGCUUUCCCCCCGCUCCCACCUCCUCACUCCCCAGGCCAGGGAGGACAGGAGGAGGGAGACUCUUUUGAAAAUGGGAAGGAAGACGGCGACGUGUCCAAGCUGGCUGAGGUCCCUGCUGCUAAAAGGAAAGGAGUGAAGAGGCCACAACCCAAGCUGGACUCUCAGAGGCUGAUCUCAGAAAGAGGACUUCCAGCUCUGCGGACGCUGUUUGACGAUGUCCAUUUUAAAGGCAAAGGUCAUGAGGCUGCAGACCUGCGGCUGCUCAUGCAGAAGAUGGAGAACUGGGCCCACAGGUUGUACCCGAAGCUGCAGUUUGAAGACUUUAUUGACAAAGUGGAGAAGCUCGGCAGCAAGAAGGAAGUGCAGACUUGUCUCAAACGGAUACGACUGGACAUGCCACUGACACACGAAGAUUUUAUGGGUGCAGGUGACGAAGAGGCAGCACCUGAAAUGCAAAUAUUUGGAGAUCCUGAUCCAUUUAGCAGAGAGAGGCUCCCUGAUGACGUACCAGGGCCGGUUCACUCUACCCCAGCUCCAUCUGGUCCACCUGCCCCCUCCCCACCUGCCCCCUCCCCAGCUGCCCCCUCCCUGACCAAGGAGCAGCGCAGACGCAUGGAGCUGAACAGACAGCGAGCCCUGGAGAGGAGGCUCGCCCGCCAGCAGCAGCAGACAGAUCCAUCAGACUCUCAGACUGUUGACACGUCCACACCAGUGGACGAACCCACCUCUGUCUCCUCUGCCUACGUCCUCAACAAGUCUCACGACGAUCGGGCUGAGGAGGUGGAGGAGUUAGACUCGGAGCCUGUCGCCUCCAGCACACAGCAACACAACCAACCUCCGAACAAAGACUCUGAGGCUUCGGCUGAACCCAGUCAGUGUGAGGAGGAGGAGGACAAGGAGGAGGACAGGGAGGAGGACAAGGCGGAGAACAAGGAGGAGGACAGGGAGGAGGACAAGGCGGAGAACAAGGAGGAGGACAGGGAGGAGGAGGACAGGGAGGAGGACAAGGAGAAGGACAGGGAGGAGGACAGGGAGGAGGACAGGGAGGAGGACAGGGAGGAGACCAAGGAGGAGACCAGCCUUCAGCCAGACUAUCAGUCCAGCAACAGGUGUGAGGACGGAGAUUAAUGCUGUGCAGUGUCACCUGGCUGGAGCUUUGGCAGUGAGCUUUGAGCGUGUGUGUGUGUGUGUGUGUGUGUGUGUGUGUGUGUGUGUGUGUGUGUGUGUGUGUGUGUGUGUGUGUGUGUGUGAACUGUUUAUUAUAGUUUGUUAAAGUUCAGAUGUAGAGUUUCUGUUCCUGUGGUGUCUGGGUGAAGACUCUCACCUGUUCACAGUGUUUUAAUCAGAAAUGUAGAAUUAAACAUUGAUUCCACAUUUUCUGCUGUGAUGUUUUGAAGUGUAAACGUUAGGAGCACAGAAAA